UCUUCAGGUCACCCAAUAAAAUUGAAAACCCACCACAAUCCGCGUCUCUUUUUUUCUUUCUCUCUCCUCCACUUUCUCUCUCUAUCUGUCUCAGUUUUUCAUUAACACUGUUCAUCCUCUCUUUACAACUAGAACAAGCACCAUUAUUUUCUUCCUCUUUCUCUCUCUAACCCACCAUUCCGGCUUUUGGGUCUCAGUUAGAAAAAGCAAAAACGAAGACCUCUAACCUUCAUGGCCGACACAACGAAGCAUCUUCCCAUUAACCGAGGAACUCUGAUCUCCGACCUUAAGAGCAUCUUCUCUCUCGUUAAAACCAGAAGAACAGCUGCUUUUAUAUAUGGGUUUAUGUUCGCUUUUGUUGGUUUUACCGUCUUCUUGGCUCUUAAUCCUUCUCCCAACUCUGCGGCUCCAUGGUUCACAAACAUAUUCAGUACCAGUGGUAAAGAUGGUUCAUCAUCGAGUUUUUCUUCUAGAUCCCAGUUUCCUUCAAUUUUUUCCUACUUCUUUCCCAACAAUACCUCUCCUCGACAAGUUCAAACCUUUGCUGCUCCUCCUCCAAUUCUACAAACCAAUUUUUCUAGAUCCGGUAACAACACUUUUCAAUCUCCCACUGUGAAUAGAGAGCCAUCAACUGUACAAAAUCACAACCAGAGCACUCUGAAUUCUGAUAAAGCUCAAGUUUUGAAGGCAAAUCAGACCUCAGUUCCCACUCCUCAAACUCCACUGCCCGUCAGUAACAAUGCAAGUUCAUCUCCAAGUGUCAAUAAAGCACCGCCUGUUGUGAAAAAUCAAACUCGAAGCACUGGUAAUUCGAAUCAAACUGCAGCGUUUAAGGCAAAUCAGACUGUAGUUUCCGCCCCAGUAACUCAGGCAGCGGACAACAAGAGCUCCAGUCCGACGGCGAAAGUGGGUUCUUCAGAGAAGAUCAAUUCCGGCAAGGAUGAGAAAAAAGUUGAACAGAAAAGUGAGCCAUCAAACUAUACGGCUUCGCUGUCAAAGAAACAGAGGAAUGAGACUAAGCCAGCAGUAUCGGUUAAGCAAGGGGAUGAUGAUUUGAUUGAAUCACUGAAGAAGUGUGAUUUGUUUGAUGGGAAUUGGGUGAAAGAUGAUUCGUAUCCGCUUUACAAACCAGGUUCUUGUUCUCUGAUUGAUGAACAGUUCAAUUGUAUCCGUAACGGUAGACCCGAUAAGGAUUAUCAGAAAUUCAAAUGGAAGCCCAGGCACUGCAAUCUCCCAAGAUUGGAUGGAAGUCGCAUGCUGGACAUGUUAAGGGGGAGAAGACUGGUUUUUGUGGGAGAUUCUCUGAAUAGGAAUAUGUGGGAAUCUCUGAUUUGCAUCCUUAGAAACUCAGUGAAAGAUCAAAGCAAGGUUUAUGAAGCUCAAGGCAGACAUCAUUUUCGCGGUGAAGCUUCCUAUUCCUUCAUAUUCAAAGACUAUAACUGCACCAUAGAGUUCUUUGUGUCUCCUUUCUUAGUGCAAGAAUGGGAAAUGCCUGAAAAAGAUGGAUCAAAGAAGGAAACACUUCGUCUGGAUUUAGUAGGGAGGUCUUCUGAACAAUAUAAAGGUGCAGAUAUCAUUGUCUUUAACACUGGACACUGGUGGACUCAUGACAAAACCUCAAAAGGGAAGGACUAUUACCAAGAAGGUAGCCAUGUUUAUGGUGAAUUGAAUGUUCUUGAGGCAUUUCGUAAAGCUUUAACGACAUGGGCCAGAUGGGUCGAUGCCAAUGUUAACCCAUCAAAGUCUUUUGUGUUCUUCCGGGGUUAUUCUGCUUCCCAUUUUAGUGGUGGACAGUGGAAUUCCGGUGGGCAAUGUGACAGCGAGUCGGAGCCAAUUAAGAAUGAGACAUAUCUAAAACCAUAUCCACCGAAGAUGACAGUUUUGGAGAGAGUUUUGAGGGGAAUGAAAACCCAUGUCACCUACCUUAACAUCACAAGAAUGACUGAUUUCCGCAAGGAUGGUCAUCCAUCAAUCUACCGGAAGCAAAACCUGUCGAAGGAGGAAAGAAGAUCACCAUUGAUGUUCCAGGACUGCAGCCAUUGGUGCCUUCCUGGUGUUCCUGAUGCAUGGAAUGAGGUUCUCUAUGCUGAGCUCCUAGUAAAAUUACACAACAAUCAACAACAGCAGCAAAAAAGACCAUACAAAGAAGAAAAGAAAACCAUUCAGGGAGAGAGUGUUCUUUCUAUAAAUUAUGAGAAGGAAAGGAUAUGAGAAAUGAUAUUGCCAAGGAGAUCAAAUCUUUUGGUGCAAUAAAUUUUAAUUGUUUAUAUAAAGAGAAGGGAAGAAGGUAGAGAAAAGUAGGGAGUGAUUUUCAAUUAUUGGUUCAAUUUUCAGUUGUAAAUUUCUCCCACAAUUUACCACUUUCAUGAUUAUAUCCUUCUAGCCUCAAAAAGGCUUUGAGAAUUGUAAAUUUCUCAAGUAUUUAAUGUUUGUUAUUAUUUUUAAAAAUAGAAUAAUGGGUUGUAAUUAUUUUCCCGGAAAUUUUCAUUAUUUUAUGUAAUAAUCCUUCUCUGAUC